GAAUCCGGAAGUGGCUGGAGAGAAGGGAGCCAGCGAGAGUCGGCAGGUAAGGUAAAGGUUUCACCCUGACAUUAAGUCCAGUCGUGUCUGACCCUGAAGGUUGGUGCUCAUCUCCAUUUCUAAGCCGAAGAGCCGGCAUUAUCCAUAGACAACUCCAAGGCCAUGUGGCCGGCAUGACUACAUGACUACAUGGAGCACCGUUACCUUCCACCAGAGCGGAUGAGCCCCAGCGCGGCGCUGCAGGAGGAGUACGGUCGCUGCCUGGAGAGGGACUUCCGCCGCGGCCACACUGGCGUCUGCGCUGACCAGUCCCUCAAGGAGCUUCUGUGGCACCACUUGCUGGCUGAUCCUGACCUUCAUCAGGCCCUUCGGGGGGAGGACACUUUGGCCACGUUGGCCACCGCCCUCCGCGGGCACCUGGACCUCGGGGCCGCCCUCCGGAACCUGGCCAAGGCCUUCGAGGUGCUGGAGAUGGCGGCCAUCAACCUCUACUUCUUCCCUUGGCGGAAGGAGUUCGGUACCAUCAAAACCUUUUCCGGCGUCUACGUCCAUGUCCUGCAAGGCAUCCUGCCGGAGGCUGACUUGGCUCGGAGCUUCCGCCGCUUGGGUUACAUCCCGCGGGACGGCCUCCGCCUAGCCCUAGCUCAGCUCCCUCCAGGGCCUGCCCUGCUCGGGGCCGCUUGUGGCUUCUUCGCCGCCCGUGUGGAGUGCGAGAUCCUGGGGAAGAUGGUGCAGGAGCUGGAGCCGUGCCUCCCGUCGCCUGAGGACCUUCUCAGGGCCCGGAGGGAAUCCGCUGGCAGUUUGGAAGCCUGCGUGGCCAAGCUCCGAAGCCUAGUGCGACGGCCGGCAGGGAAGGGGGCCCCCCCGGAACCCCCUGAAGGGGUUGACCUCUACCAGGAAGGUCCUGAAGUGCCCCUUGCAAGUGGGCGACUGGCCCCACUGCCCCUCUGCGAACGUGGUGCAACCAGGGGCCCCUGGGAGCAGCAGCCAUGGAGUCCACCACUGGAGGACAGGAACAAGCAGGGAGACUUGGAGGAGUCCUACGGCAACGGCAUCCCGGACCCCGAGGAUCCCUCCCUGGAGACGGCCUUCUCCUUCAUCUCCUUGCGGCGGGAGCUCAGCCGGGCGGCAGAGACAGACUCCUCCGCGCAGCCUUUGAGCCGGUUCCUGCCGCCGGGCGCCCCCUUUGAGAGCACCAGCUUCCAAGGAAUGAGCGACCUGGCCUCCCCCCCAUCGAGGCCGCCCCGGAGCCCCCAGCUCAGCCCCCUUGUCGCACGCCGGCCCCAGCCCCUGGGUGCCGGCCCUCCUUGCUACCACUUGCAUUCAUGCCUCUUCCCUGGAGCCCUGCCAGCCUCCUGCUGCAACACCUGCCGCUCGCUGCACGGCUCUGGCUGUGAUAUUGCCCAGCUCUGCCGGGAGAAGAGCCACGACCUGGAGGAGCUGCAGACCAUGAAGCAGCAGCGGCUCUGGCUGCAGAGGACUGAGGUGGACAAACUGCUGCAUGAUGGAGGAGGAGGAGGGCCCUGGCAGUAGCAGGUGCCCAUCCAACUGUGGUGACCUUUCUGCCGCUUGGCCGUUCCAGGGCUAUGCGUUCGUGCACAAAGGAUGCCUCUUCCCCUUCCCCUGUGGACUACUUCUUACAAGGGGAAAUACUCCAACCAGCACUUGGAAAUAUUUGGGAUGCUACAACUCCCAGAUUCCCACAUCAGGGACUCUGGAGGCUGUAGUUUGUGUUCAAAUGUGCCUCAGCUCCACCAUAGACAACACGCACAAUUUGGGGAGCAUCUCUCUCAAAAUACGGCAAGGCCUUAAUGGUUCUUGGACACUGAGAAUCGACUGGGAUUCUAAGGUGUUUACAUCCUCUAGUUACAUUUGUGGGAGAGGUCAUGCCUGGUUAUUGGCCUCAGUGACAAAUUUGCCAAAGAUGACUCCAGUAGGUCAAAGAGGUUGGUUUUGGGGUCAAGGAGGAGACAAUCCUAUUUGCAGUAUCAUCGGGACAUGCCUGGGAAUAGUUUGGCUGAACAGGCUUCUCUUCCUUGAGUCCACCCCAGAGGUCAGUAAAAUGUUGUCCAACUCCCAGAAUCUCCCACUGGGACAUACAGUCACGUUUUCUAAUCUGUGCUCCACCUCUUUGAAAUUCCAAAGACUGGUUACUUCCCCGAUCCCCAUUUUGAGGAAAGGGCUUGGGCAAAGAGGCUUGGCUUCCCUUUUUUAAUUCAUACAUGCUCCGGGCUUCUUGAGCCUCCCUUUUGGGGUGAGCGGGGACAGGGUUCCUUUCCAAACCAGCACUUGAUGGUCCGGCCCUUGAGGCAGGUCAGGACUCAUAUUGCCAUCCAAGACUGGGCUGUGUCCAAGCACAUGCGCCGCAGCCGUCACCUCUUUGGAGCUUAAUUUGAAAUAAACAAAGUAAAAGCCUG